CGUGUACCUCCCAUGAUUGGUACGAUCGAUUUGAGGUUACUUGAUUUUUGUCCCCCAACAAAACCAAUCGUAACUAAAAUCUUCUGACUGCGUGCAGAACGUAACGUGGCUGUUAACCUCGAAUCAAAGGUAAAGAAUUUUCCUAAUCAUUCAAUUUGAAGUUGUCUUAACGUUUGUAAGUGUGCUGCACGGGCAGCGGAGUUAGAACACCAUACUGUAGCGGUCGAUCAACAUUUAAGAAUCAAUUUGAGUAAACCUAUCGAAAAUCAUACUGUAUCAAAUGAGUUAUCUACUGACUCCAAAUGUUCUGUAAACAGAAUGGACCCGAAAUGAUCCUUAACAUAAGAGUCCCUUAAGCAUCAUAUGCGAAAAAGAUGCAAGGGGUGUCACUCGGGUGAAUUAAGGAAUGGGUCACUAGAAAUUUAUAGGAGGGUGAUGUGGUUCAUGUGGUUAAGUUUUCGCUUUUAACUUUCAUAAAAGCAAAUCAGUUUCAUUAAGAAUGAUAUACUUUCUUAGCCCCUUGACUUGCCAUACCCGUUUUUUGCUAUUUUAAUAUUUUGAUCCAAUGCGACAACUCUUUAGAAAGAUUUCUUUUAGUUUGAUUCAUUUUCUGUUUACGACUAUAAGUACAAGGCUGAUCGGAAAUAUUUUUUUCCUGCAAACGGUAACGUUUUCAUCUUAGAGAGAAAGUAGGGCGAGAAAAAACGUUAAAUCAUUACAAAGGAAUAAAAUAUUUUAACAUUCUCCCCAUUGAUUUUAGAUCUUUAGCAUUAAAAUAAAUGAAAGAACAGCCAAGGAUGUAAAUUUGAGUAAACUGGUAGAAAUGUUGAAGAUUUGCCCAUGCUGCAAAUAUGUAUCAAAUUUGUAUCAAACCAUUACAUUUACUUCACUUUUGCGUAUCAAUACCUAUCUAGCAAAUAUAUGUAUUUGCCCACACUUUAGCCGACAGCGCAAAUGUAAAGCAAAUUUGGAGCUCCAAAUUUACCACAUAUUUGCACCUUUCGCAAACAUUAGUAAAUCCGUUUUUUCGUCCAGUGUUAACCACGUCUUGCUAACCCAGGAUAAAAACGGCUUAUAAGACCCUGUUUACAUCGAGUGGGGGACCCCGGUCUAGUGGGGUAGGUUUCUUUUGUUUUGUGUCCCCCAGAGCGUGAAAACAAAAGAAACCAACCCCACUAGACCGGGGUCCCCCACUCCAUGUAAACGGACCCUUUUUAAGCUAAGACAUCGGUACACUUCACUGAUCAGUGAUCUACAGCCACCGCACGCGGGGGUCGUGUCAGAGCUUCGUUUAGCCCUUUGAGGUAGAGUCAUUCCAAUUUCUUCUCGCUUUUAACUUUGAUAUUCAGAAAAAGUCUGCUUUAUUGAAAAGAAAGUUCUUUUAAAGCGGUAUUCAUGUAAUUUACAGUUUUUUAGCUUCAGUCCCUUUUUCCCCUUAGAACAAGUUGAAAUUCGAUAAAAUGAUUGUGCAAAGGACAUAAUCAAACAGUUAAACAUCUCUUAGACUACAAUUUUAACUGAAGCUGGUAUUCUUUUCUGCUUUUAUUAACUUCCCAUUAUGCUUUUGUUUAUCUGCUUUCAUUUUUUUUUUCAUGAUAUUUCUACUUUUCAGUACAUUUUUCAUCUUCUGAACGGACGUAACCUGAGUGGUGACGAUGUUUUGCUUGCUUGCGGUGGUUCUGUUCGUUGUCUUUGCCAGUAAUUUCAAGCCAUCAGUGCAGGUAGUGCUGCAGUCUCUAUUUUAAAGAGUUCAGAAGUGUUAAACUAUUGAAAAGGAGCUUUCAGUAACGUUUCCAUCGCCCAUGUAAGAGGUAUACAGUCAAAAGGUGUACCUUGGGGAGGGUUCAAGGGGGAUUCGGACCCCCCCCCCCCAUUUUCUCCUCUUUUUAUUAAUACAGCGACCGAUAGUCAGUGGUACUUUGUAGACUGCAAAACAGUCGUUUUUUUUCUCAAAAUCAGUAAAGAAAUCGUGGCGUAAGAAUGUGAGGCGUCUCUCCCCAGUAUCGCUCCCUGUUUUCAGCCUCGUUCCAGACCUUUUGUUUGACUGUUCGCGUGUACUUGAAAACGCACUAGAAAUACGGACUGUUUUGCAGUCUAGUACUAUUGAGGUCAAAUGCAAAAAAAUUAGAUGACUUGUAUUCUUGUUGCGAUGCAGUGGUAAGCUUUAACGACUUUGACUGAAACUUUGUUAUAAUCGGUAAGGAAUUCGAAAUCCCGGGUUAUAAGUUGUUUAGAAAAGAUAGAGAGAAACUUCUGACGUUGAAUGACUUUGGCUGGAAAUUCAUAUUCCAAGAAAGCCUAGAAGUCUUCUUAUAGAUACCUUUUAUAGGCCAGCAAAUUCUCCCAGUCACUUACUUAUCAACAGUGAGCCUACUCGAAUUGCUGCUAAAAACCUUAUUUUCGUAAUAUAGAUUUAACAGUUACAAAUAAUCCUCACAACAUCAGUGGUUUCGGGGUGUUGUAAGGGCCAGUCGCAGCAAUCAUGAGAUGAUCUAUUGCGUUCGAAAACUGAACUGGAAAAAGGUGCCAGCUUUGAGAACCACGCAAUACACUACGUGAUUUACCUGAACCUGCAAAAUUCUUGCAGUACGACAGCGCACUCUGACCACUCUAUGGACUGACCUUCCCUUCGCGAGUUCAGCAUCCGUAUAAUCAAAUUACUUUCUUGAGUAUUCAAUUCACAGACGAGUUGAAUUAACCCCUUCCCUUUCAAAAUGGCUAGAUAACCCCCUAACAGAGUCCUCUCAGGAAUUUUCACGGUUUCAAAAACAUAUCGAUAACUAAAACUCGUGCACGAAAAUUAAAAUUGCUUUCAUUGUGGGUACACUACACUGGUUUGGGUUGGUGGAUGAAACUAAUCCUAUGGCAAAUAUCUUUGGCAUAGUACUAGCUGUUUUUUAGUUCUAGUUUAGAAACUGAGAAAUGGAAUUUGGUCUUUGGGAUAGAGGGGUAAAAUAUGAUGAUUUACUGAUGAAGUAGCAAUUAAACUGAAACUGAUCUGUACAUAUUCUUGUUGUUUUGUAGACUGAUCUGGUAACACUCGACAGCAGUAAGCUUAACCAAAAAAUCAGUGAGUUGGAAAGUAAAGUCCAGGUAAGCCAACAGCCUAAUUUUCACAUAAUCGAGAAAGGCGGAUAUUUUUAUAAAGCGCAGUAAAUUUCUCAAGAAUUUCCGAAUUUGAAACAGGUCCUCUUAUUAAGAAACCGGGCCUCACCUUUCAGUGCCAAUAGAGUGUUUUCACAUGACGUCACGGCGGCCAUGUUGGUGUCCCAAAACAAUGAAGCGGCGGCCAUGUUGGUGUUCCAAACCAGUCCUCUGGGAGUUGAACACUUUUCUUAUGCAAACGCAUUCUUUUGUUCCAAUAAAUUUGCAUAUAAGCUGGCCACGUGAGUGAAAACAAUCUAUUUUGCCGUAUUUUACAAUUAUGUUAAACGGAUUGCGAAUAGCAUAAAAACAAAAUUUAAACAAGCAAUGAACACCUUUUUUGGAGACAACAGCUACAAUAAAGCAUUCUCAGAGAGUACCAUAUACUGGCCACACUUAUUACUAAAUGGCAUCAACUCAUCCAAACGGAUCUUUGAGACCGCAGAAUACAAUAGGCUAUGACAUAAAUAUGGCGUUGUUAACCUUUUUGUGCGAACAAUUGUUUCGUGCUAGUUUGCUGAAUUCGUCGCCUGCCUCAAGUCCGAUAGUCUACUACACAGCAGUUUUUCGUCACUGAUGUUCUGUCGUCACGCAACGCUCAUCCCCAGCGUUGAAAGUCCGACUGAACCACGGGUACGUGAAAUCAGUGCAAAAUUCGCGAAAGUUUAGUUUUUUUCGCUCCAGGGAAUCCAAAACGGCCAUAAGUACUGAAUUCUACGCCAUGGAUUCGAAAUUCCAGUCUCUGUCAGUGGAACGUGGAUUCUGGAUUCCAAUCGUUAGUGGAAUUCCGGAUUCUUUGAGCUGUAUUCCGGAUUCCAAAGCACAGGAAUCCGGAUUGCACAAGCAAAACUUUCCCAGAUUCCGGAAUUGAAAAUCCGUUACAGUGGGCGAAACCGUAUUUUUUUUCUUUAACGAAUGCAGGCCCUGACAAGCAGACUGGAUAGUGCCAGAGUGGAAUGUGAUGAGAAGGUUACACCUUGGGACGACAAAUCAGAUGGUUACAUCAAGUACUUAGACCGUCAGAAUGUUGAGUGCCCAAAUGGUUCUUUCUUGGCCAAAUUCCAACUUGCGAGGCAGGGAGAUUAUGGCUAUUCCAAAGUUCGCUAUCUUUUCCGUUGCUGCAAGUUUAUUCUGUAAGGGCGCAGCCCAGACUUGUCACCAGUCAACAGUUGCCGUCAACUUAAGUCAUAACAAGUAGAAUAAAACGAACAAAAAUAAAGUGAGAC